AUGUUCCUACACUGUUGUCUGGAUUGUCAAGAAGAAGAGUUUGAAAGUAACGCCACUCACUUGUGCCAAACUUGUGUGCGUCACUUGUGCGAAUAUCAUUUCAAAGCGCAUUCAAGAAAAUAUAAAAACCAUCAAAUUAUUCUUCAAUCAUCUCUUCAACAACAACAACAAUCAGAGCCCAUGUGCAAACUCCACAACAUUCCGAUCAAUUGUUUUUGUAGAAGUUGCGAAACAUUAAUUUGUUCCGUGUGUGGCAUUGAUGAACACAAUGGACACAACAGUUUCUUAAUUUCAAAAAUUGUGGAAGAAGAACGAGAGAUUGUGAAACGUCAAUUAGCGGAAUUUACUAAAGAGAGAGAGAAGUGGAUGAAGGAAAUUUGUUCCAUUGCCAAUGAAGAUUUGCUAAAAGAGUGGAAGCUCAUUGAGAACAAACAACAGGAAUUGGUUCGUUAUGUCACUUGUCAAAUUGAAAUGUUGAGAGACUUGCUGUUGAAGAGAAGAGAGGAGUUGAUUCAACAGAUAGAAAAAGAAUGCAAGGAUGGUAUUCAAGUAAUCCAAUCAAUUCUCAAUCAAGAAAGUGAAUUCAAAGAAUUACUGAACCAGUUCAGUAACCUUUCCCAAAUGAGCGGAAAUAUAUUAUUAGAAAAGAAAAUCUCUGUAUUGAAGAAAACAAUCUCAAAUCACGAAAAUCUUGUAGAACAAGUCAACAAGACAGAUAUUCGCUCACUUAAGAAUAUUGUCAUCGACUUGGAUAAGAUCACUUUGGAACAAGUGAAAAAGAAUAUCCAACAAUUGGGAGAAGUGAAAAAAGAAUGGACUUGUGGACCAUCGGGAUGGAUAUUCGAAUAUUCUGGACACGAAAUACUCGAUCUGUACGAUUUAGACGAUACUUGGGAACUCUAUCCAAUCACCAAAGGUGGAACAUUCAAUCCUAGAAAUUUUUCGUUCAGGGUGAAAAUUCAUGACUUUGUCAAAGAACAGAAUUCUUGGGGUCUUAUUAUUGGAAUUGUGAAUUCCAAACAAACUCAAAAUGAUUGGAUUGGAGCCAAUGGUAAUGGGUAUGGCAUUGUCUAUCUAACAGGACAUAUUUCUUUGAAUGGAAAAGAAAAGUCAUUUUCAAAACCAUUGAGUUCUGGAGAUGUCGUGGAGGUGGUUUAUUCGUAUCGAUCCUUAUGUAUUAAUGUGAAUAGAAAGGGACUACAACUUGCUGUUGAUAAUAUUCCUGAUGUGGAUUACCGCCCAGCAGUUUCAGUUUCUAGCCAGUCUGUACUAUUGGAGUUACUGUAA